AUGGCGUACCAGCUUCCGACCUCGCCGGCGACAAUGCACACAGAGAAGGAGCUACGCAAGCAAAUGCCGUCGCUACAGACGUCAAUCGACUCCAAGACCACAGCCCAGUGCCGUCCACCACCGCCUUCGAACGCUCCUACCUUCGAGACGAUGCCGGGAGAGGCCAGGAUAAUGUCUCCCACGUCGCCGAAUGGACAUCAGCGCUUCGUGUUGACCGACUCGGUGGCCGCGCGGUACAUUGAGGAGGACCCGUCAACCUCAUGCCACGUCCUUGCGCGUCGCCAGAAGAUUCAGGGCUACGAGAUCUACUUGGUUGAGCAAUGGGCAUGUUCACGCACGCAUCCGACCUUUCUUAUCACCACGUACACGGGCAAUCCGGAAGAUACCGUACUGGCCACCAUCAUCAGCGUGCCCAAGAAUGAGGAGGAAUGGUCGCCGCAGAUGCGCUUGUAUUUUAAAUCCCUAACCGAUCACCAUGCCCGGAGAAAAGACACGCCAUAUGGCGCCCUGAUGAUCACAAAUUUAAGUGGCUUCCCGUCAUCCCUUACCGUCAUUCCUGUCCCUGGGGGCGAUCUGAAGAAGUGUCGUGAGCUGUUUCUGACCAACGAGAACUUGAAGAGAUUGGGAUGCUCGGGUCGGCUAGGCAUCAAGCUCUCACCUCCCAGCGGUGCGACGCAGGCCAAAUUUCACCAGUUGUAUCGCACAAGCGAGAAGAUUCCCUUCAAUGCGUCCGUCAUUGAGCUUGUGAAGCUCUGUCAGGUUGCACUCGUCUUGUUUGGAAAGCUGGAAUCAGUGUACGCGGAUGGACUCUUGUGCGAUGUCACCGAAAAAGCUAUCAACGAUUGGUGGAUAGAUUUUGGGUCUGAAUACUAUACAGUAGAGCCCCAUGACGGCAUUCUCGGUCCUACCACGGUCGCAGCCUUGCUCGGCAUGUUGAUGGGCGCGCGCAACAGACUGAGCGCAUGCGGUGCUGCAGUCGCCAAAGACGUCUUCGAUAUCGAAGCUACCCAGCGCGGUAUCUCACAUUUCCAGAAGUCGCAACAUCUGCCGAGAACACGGCUUCUCGAUCGUCAUACGCUAGAAAAGCUGCGAAGAGCCUCUGCAAAGGCGGCUAGCAAAGAGGGCUGGGCUGUUCCUCGAGCUUUCAAGUCAACGGUGGCUGAGUUGGGAGGUAAGGGUGGUGAAAUGGUCAUGGGCAUUGUCGGGGCUGGCCAGAAAGAUGGUAUCGCCGAGGUUGAAACUGUAGACAUCGAGCAGUUCGCCGAACUUGUACGAGGUGAACAUGCCAAGUGGCUUUGGCAUGGAAAACCAAGGAAAACAGCAUCAGGAGAUAGCAUGUUCGACCGACUACCCGGUGGGGAGGAACGUUCAGCCUCGCCCGACAAGCAUGACCAUACUCCCAAACCAGUCCGUAGGGAGAUAACGGAGCACCAAGGUAUAGCAAAGCGUGAUACUGCUUCGUCGGAUUUAAAGAAGGUAGAGACGUUUACCCCUGAAGGUGUCGAGAAGGAGAGCUUUAAAGACCCCUCUUCGAAACGAGCUGCAAUCAAGGCCAAGCUAGAGUCUGGUAGCGGAUUCCAUCACAUAAAGAACGCCGUCGGCCUGCGUACUCAUGCAAGCAAACUAUCUCGCGACGAUCAUGGUCGACAUGGCCUAUAUCGCACAAAGAGUGGUAACUCACAGCUCCAGUAUGCAGACUCCCGGCCAUCCAUGGACUACGAGGAAGGCCACUCAGACGACCCAUACUCCCUCAUGUCACCUCAUAGUACAGCCGGCGAAGAACCAGCUUUUGCAAAAGCCCUAACCGAGACUCCUGGCGGAUCUGUCACAUCACUCAACGCUACGAACAAAACGUCUGGCGGUCGUCACGCAUCAAAUUUACAGAGUUCCAUUGCAGAAAGCGAUAUUUCUGACCAGCCCGAGCAACCACACACGGUUGCAAGUUCCGUCGCCGGCUCAAUCUACCACGGCGUUGACCUCAACGAAAACCUCCCCGUCGACGAGGCAAACGCCAUCCCCCCGCUCCUCCGCCGCACCCAAUCCGGCGAUCAAUUUAACCUAUACCAAACCCCCCACAACGACGACUGGUGGCCCCGCCAUCUCUCCUUCAGCGUUGCCGAAGAGUCCGUCCUCCGCUGGUCUAGCAUCUCCGCCAAUGACCCAGAAACCGAAGAAGCAAUCGCCCCAGACGACACCUCCCCCGCUGCCCUAACCGCCCGCCACGUCUCCCAAAACCUCCACUCCACACAGCUCAAACGCUUACACAACCACCUCCUUCGUCUCUCCUCCAAAGACGAAAAUUGGGUCCACACACGCCUCUCAGAGGUCCUGCAACUUUCUUCAUCCGUAGACGCCGAUAUCGAAACGCUGGAAAGUAUUUAUUAUCCCCGCCUUGACACGUACCAUAGUUUGCGCGAAGAUACUCAUGCGACGGUUACGAACAAUCGCGGUCAGCUCAUGGCUAGUCUCCGUGAGCUGGAGAAUGUGAGGGAUAAACUCGAGUAUGAGAUUAGUGCAUUACGCGGGAAGGUAGAGGAUAUUGAGGACGUCGUGGGCGAGUUUGAGAGACAGGUUGAGUUUGUCGAGGGGAGGGUGGACGAAUUGGAGAAUGUGCUCGGCGAGAGGGAGACGUGGUUGAGGUGGGGGUUUAGGGUUUUGACAGGUAUGGGGAUGCCGCCGGGGUAG